AUGCGUGAAAAUAAAAUAAUUGGAUUAUUUGAAGGAAUUGAAAAAAGAGUUAUUAUUAAAUUCAAAAGAAAUUUUUUCAGUACUAAAAAAUUAAGAUCGUUAUUGGAUAUCUCAGAUAAGUUGUGGUCAGAGAAAUUGAAAUUAAUUGGAUGCACCAUUAUAUCAAAAAUAGAAGAAGAUACUAAUUUGCCUAGUGAUGAAAAAUGUAGAGUGUAUUUAUUAUCUGAAAGCUCUUUAUUUAUUUAUGAUGACACAUUAUUUCUUAAAACUUGCGGUAAAACGAAAGUUUUAUUUUUUAUUCCAUUCUUGGUUGAUUUAUUGGUGUAUAUAUUAAAAAAUAAACGUAUUUUAAGUAAAAAUUGCGUACAUGAUGAGACAUUCAUUGAAAAUAAUGAUUUAGUUGAGAUAAUUGAUUUUAUAAAAAAUAAUUUUGAAUAUACUUUUUUUACUCACAUGAAUUAUCAGAACUUAUCAGAAAAUGGAAAUUUUGAACAAGAAUAUCCACAUAGAACAAUCGAAGAUGAAAAAAAAUUUUUCCAGUUUUUUUUUAAUUCUAUGAAAUUUAUCAAUACCCCAUUAUCAUCAGAAAGAAAUCAUUAUAUUUUUUAUGCACGAAUGAAUAAUACCUUUCCAAUCUUAAAUUAUAAAUUUUGUUCAGAAUUACUUUUAUUUGGUGUUAAGAAGCAUGAUGAAAAAAAAAAAUUUCACGAAGUAUAUUUAAAUGAGGAUUCAUUGAAUAUUUUUUACAAAAAGAUAGAAAAUUUUAAAUUAUAUGAUGAAAAUGAAAAAGCAGAUGAUUACAAUAGUGAUAUUUUUUAUGUAAAAAGUACGGAGGAAGAAGGGUACGAAGAUGAAUACUUCAAUGAUGAGUUAGAUGAUUGUGAUAAAAGUAGUAACAUAAUAAAUUUUUCAAAAGAAUUACAUUCUCAGAUGGAAGAUGACCCUUUUUUUGAAAAGAAAGAGAAUUUUAAAAAUGCAUGUUUGAAAGAUCUAGAAAAAAAUGAAAAAUUAUCAGGAGAAAACAGCAGUGAAGAUACGAUUGCUAUUAAAAAAGAAGAUUAUUAUAGUUUUAAUCAUAUAUAUGAAAAAGAUAUAAGCACAUUAUCGUAUCUAAAUACAACUAAAACUACUGACAAAGAUCAAUUGAAAUUAUCAGCUGACAUAAAUAACAUAUUGAGCACCGAUGAUGAAAUUAAAACCAGGAAAAAAAUGAAGUGUGAAAAUAAAAAAAAGGAAAAUAUAUUUUUAAAUGGAAGAUAUUUUCAUAAUUCAGAUAACGAAAAAAUAGAAACAUAUUAUAAUGGAAGAGAAAAAAAUGAUUUACUAAGUACAUGUGCAAGAAUAAAAAAUGAUUAUUCAAUUGAUAAUUAUUUAGAGAAAGAAGGUACUGAAUUAUAUAAUCAUAGCGAUGCAGAUAUAUCAAAGAUUUCAAUUAAAAAUGUCAAUAUAAAUUUAUUUGAGUGUAUUAAUAGAAACAAAGAAAGUUUCUUGUAUAAUGAAUACUAUUUUACUCCUUGUGGUUAUUCCUGUAAUGCUGUACAUAAGAAUAAUUAUUUUUGUGUUCAUUACUCUCCAGAAGAUUUCGUAUCAUAUGUUUCUAUUGAAAUUUCAAACAAUUUAGAAUAUGAAAGUUUUAUAAAAUUUGUAAAUAAUCAGUUAAAUUUUUUUAAUGGAAAGUAUUUAUAUAUUAUUAAUUAUUUAAAUGAAUGUGACAUAAAUGAAAAUUAUUUAGAAAACGUAAGCUCCGAAUAUAAAUCAGAGAAAACAGAAAUAUUUUACAACGAUGUGCACGAUUCUUAUUAUUUAAAAAAUAAAUUAAGUAAAAAUUUAUCAAUUAAUAAUGAACAAUAUUAUAAAUUAGUUUUAUUUAAAGAACAGUUCGUUGAUUUUCUGAAAAUUCAAUAUUUUGUAUACGAAUUAAAAAACGUAAAAGACGUAAGACCAUUCCCAUUUUAUAAUGAAGAAAAAAAUAUAGGAAGUAAUUAUAAUAGUGAUGCUUUAUUCAAAAAAUUUAUAAAUGAUAUGUAUAAAUAUUCGUAUAAUUUUUGUAAAAAGAAUAAAAUAAUGAUUGUUGAUAUGAACUCAUUUGAAAACAAUCAUAUGAAGAAAUUUAGAAGUUUAGAAGAAGAUUUCGUGAAUUUUUCAGAAAAUGAUUCUAAAGAAAAAAAUCAUGAAAACCAUCUUAAUAAAGAUUGUGAAAAAAUAAAUAAUAAUUGUGGGUUAAAUAAUUAUAGUAUUAAUGAAAAAAAUUAUGAAGAGAUAAAGCAUGCAUACAAUAAUAAGAGAAACAAUAGGAAUGAAAAUGACAAGGAUAUUAGAAAUUGCAGUAAUGAAUUUGAUAAUAUUAGUAAUAACAACAAUAACAAUAACAAUAACAAUAAUAAUUUUAAUAUGGAAUAUGAAAGAAAUGAUUCUAAUAAUGAAAUGAGUGAAACAAUAAAUGAAUGUAAGGAAAAGGAAUUUAAGAAUGGCAUGAUUAUGUCUUAUAAAAAAAAUAUUUUUGAAAUGUAUACUUUUGAUAAAUUAUUAAAUGAAAACAUUGAUACUUCUGUAUUGUGUAUUAAUCUGGAAAAAAUUCUUGCCCAAUAUAUAAGGUUUAAGAAAAAUUUACCAAAUGUAACACCCUUUUAUUCAAUGAAAUGUAAUGAUGAUGAAAUUGUAAUAAAAUUUUUAUAUGGAUUAAAUUGCAAUUUUGAUUGUGCAUCAGUAGGAGAAAUUAAAAAAUUAACAACCAUUUUACCACAUAUACCAAGAGAAAGAAUUAUAUAUGCUAAUACUAUUAAAAGCAUAAAUUCACUAAUAUAUGCAAAAAAUGAAAAUAUAAAUCUAUGUACAUUUGAUAACAUAGAAGAACUAAAAAAAAUAUAUAAAUAUCAUCCCAAUUGCUCUUUACUUUUACGUAUCAAUGUUGAUUUCAAAAAUUAUAAGUCUUACAUGUCUUCUAAAUAUGGUGCCAAUGAAUAUGAAUGGGAAGAAUUAUUAGAAUUUGGUAAAAAUCAUAAACUAAAUAUCAUAGGAGUGUCUUUUCAUGUGGGUAGUAAUACAAAAAACUUAUUUGAUUAUUGUCAGGCAAUAAAGUUAUCAAAGGAUGUAUGGAAUUUAAGUAGAAAAUUUGGUUAUAAUUUUGAAAUUUUAAAUCUAGGUGGUGGAUAUCCAGAAGAACUAGAAUAUGAUAAUGUGAAAUAUGAUCAAAAAGAAAAUUAUUGUACAUUAAAUGAAGAAGAAUUAAAAAAAGAUAUAAUUAACUUUUUAAAUGAGAAAAGUGUAUUAAAAAAAAAGUACUUUUCAUAUAAUUUUGAAAAAAUUGCCCUUGCUAUAAAUAUUUCAAUUGAACACUAUUUUAAGGAUAUUAAAAAUAAAAUAAAAAUUAUAUGUGAGCCAGGUAGAUAUAUGGUUGCUUCCUCAACUUUAUUAGCUGUGAAAAUAAUUGGCAAAAGAUACCCAACUUUUAAAGGAAUUCAAUUAAAAGACAUAAAGGAUCCUAUUAAUUUAACAAAUAAUAUUUGUGUAAAUGAUUCGCAUGGUAAUAUAAAUGAAAAGAAAAGAGAUGAAAUUAUAGAAAACAAAAUACAUGAAAAUAUUUUAAAUAAUUUAAAUGGAAGUAAUUCUAAACUAUGUAGUAUUACAAAUAUAAAGAAAAAAGUGGCUAAUAUUAAUGACAAUAGAUAUAAUUAUUACUCAUAUUAUGUAAGUGAUAGUAUAUAUGGUUGCUUUAGUAGUAUAAUAUUUGACGAAUAUAAUAGAACACCAAUAUAUAUAAUUAAAAAUAAAAGAAAUUCUAUUGAUAUAAUCAAUUCAUCUUUCUAUUUAGCAAAUAUAUUCGGUCAGUCUUGUGAUGGCUUAGAUAUGAUCAAUUCUAUAACAUUUUUACCAGAGUGUGAUAUAAAUGAUUGGCUUAUUUAUGAAUAUACUGGGGCCUACACAUUUGUUAGUUCUUCAAAUUUUAACGGAUUUCAAAAAAGUAAAAAAAUUUAUAUAUUUCCAAAAAAAGCAAUUUCAAUAUUUAUUUAA